AGUGCUCCUCCUCUCAACGUCUCUCUGGAGGUCGUCCUGUCUCGGAGUAUAAAGGUGUCAUGGCUGCCUCCUCCGCGCUCGGAGCAGAACGGGAUCAUGUCGGGGUUUAAGGUUCGACUGAGGAGGAGCCGCGGCCCCCGAGGAGAACGAGGAGAACGAGGAGAUCAGGAGGCCGUGGAGGCGCACAACUACUGGCACCUGUUCAGCGGUCUGGAUAAAGGAGCUCAGUACAGUUUCCAGGUGGCGGCGAUGACGGUGAACGGCUCAGGUCCGUUCAGCGACUGGGUUUCCACGGAGACGCCCGAGACCGACCUGGACGAGUCGACGGUCCCGGACCAGCCGUCGUCGCUCCAUGUUCGUCCGUUGCCCAACAGCAUCAUCAUGUCGUGGACGCCGCCGCUGUCGCCCGCCGUCCUCGUCCGCGGUUACAUCAUCGGUUACGGCGUUGGCAGCCCGUACGCCGAGACCGUCCGCGUGGACGCCAAGCAGAGAUACUACGCCAUCGAGAGGCUCGAGCCCAGUUCUCAUUACGUGAUCUCGCUGAAGGCCUUUAACAACGCUGGAGAGGGAGUCCCACUGUACGAGAGCGCCGUCACCAGGUCACUGACAGACCCGCCGGACCCCUCGGAGGACGACCUGUUCCUCUUUGAGAAGUUCCCCACGGCGGUCCCGGACAGCACUACGUUUCCCAUGAUUCCUCCGGUGGGGGUCCAGGCCGUGGCUCUGGGUCCGGACUCGGUCCGUGUGUCCUGGGCCGAUAACGCCGUCAAGACCCAGAAGAACAACGAGGUCCGGUUCUACUCGGUCAAGUGGAGGAGCAGCCACUCGUCCAGCGGCAAGUACAAGUCCGCAGACACCACGGCUCUGUCUCACACGGUCACGGGGCUGAAGCCGAACUCUGUGUACGAGUUUUCUGUGAUGGUGACGAAGGGCAGGAAGUCGAGCACCUGGAGCAUGACGGCGCACGCCACCACCUACGAAGCAGCUCCGAGCUCCGCUCCAAAAGACUUGACUGUGAUUGGUCGAGAGGGUCGACCCCGGGCCAUCCUCAUCAGCUGGCAACCGCCCAUGGAGGCCAACGGACGAAUCACAGGUUACAUCGUGUAUUACACCCUGGACAAAAACGCUCCGAUCGACGACUGGUCCAUGGAGUCCAUCUCCGGAGACCGACUGACGCACCAGGUCCUGGACCUGAGUCUGGACACGGUCUACUACUUCAGGAUCCAGGCCAAGAACAGCAAAGGACUGGGACCCCUGUCCGAGCCCGUGGCCUUCAGGACCGCCAAAGUGGAGCAUCCAGACAAGAUGCCCAACGACCAGGGUCGUGGAGGAGAGCACCCGUACUGGCACCCAGACAGCACCCACAUCGACCGCAGCAACAUCAACGGUCCGCCUGUCGGGCAGGUGCGCCCCCCUCACUCCCUGGCUCCUCAGAGAGGUUCUCAGAUGUUGGUGUUGGUGCUGGUGUCGGUCGGGGCGCUCACCGUCGUCAUGAUCGUCGUCGUGGCGCUGAUCUGCACCCGCCGAAGCUCCGCCCACCAGAGGAAGAAGCGGGCCAGUGCGAGUAAGCGUAAGGGGAGUCAGAAGGAGCUGAGGCCUCCAGAUCUUUGGAUCCACCACGAGGAGAUGGAGAUGAAGAACAUGGACAAAGCUCCGAGCGUCGCUCCGUCCGUACGAGAUUCGCCCAUUCAAACCUGCCAGGACCGCCCCCAGCCCGCCCUCAGCCAAUCAGAGAGCCAGCUGGGCAGCAAGAGCAGCCACUCAGGUGCAGACGGGGAGGAGGCGUCCAGUGCUCUGUCGACUCUGGAGCGCUCUCUAGGGGCCAGACGAGGAACUCGAGGGAAAAUGAUGAUCCCCAUAGAACAACCCAGUAACACACCCGUGGUCAGCGCUGUGGCUCUGGACUCGUCUCAGUUUCCCGCCCUGCUCCAGUCGCCGUCCUGCGGAUUCACCCACAACAAGUUCAGUUUACGCCAGAUGCCCUUCCCCAGCCUCACCGUGGACCGCGGCUUCAGCCCAGCGAUGACGUCAGAGCCUUCGUCCAAUCCGCUGCAGCCUCCCUCUCAGCCGGCCCCGCCCCCCGACCUCACCGCCGCCUCUCUGCCCGCCUCCGCGUCCUCGCUGGCGGUGGGCGUGUCCGCCGUGUCCCCGUUGGCCGGUUCGGUGUCGUCGGAGGAGGGCGGGGCCAGGAGCAUCCCGACGGCGUGCGUACGACCGAGUCACCCGCUCCGCAGCUUCACCUCGCCCCUCCUCCCGCCGCCACACGGCCCCGCCCACGGCCCCGCGGCCACGCCCCCCUCCACGGGUUCUUUGCCGAAGCCUCAGGUGAAAACCGCCUCGUUGGGGUUGGGGGGUAAAGCUCGCUCUCCUCUUCUGCCCGUGUCUGUGCCCACGGCGCCCGAGCUGCAGGAGGAGGCGGGGCUUAAGGCUGACGACGCCGGCGCCAACGUUUAUGAACAGGACGACCUCUCGGAGCAGAUGGCGAGUUUGGAGGGACUCAUGAAGCAGCUCAACGCCAUCACAGGCUCCGCCUUCUAACCCGACGCCGCGCCCCUUUACCUGCUGACCCCGCCCACCCCUGCCCUGACCCCGCCCACAUCUGCAAACGCCCACAGGAGCUAAAAGAGCCGAUACCUCGAUAUCGAUCUGCGAGAG